AUGCAUCAGUUCAUUAAACUCUCCUUCAUCUCAAAAGAACAAACCCUAACCCUAAAAUCCUUAGUCCAUUCGGAUCUAACAAUGAAAGGAGCAAAAUCGACGAAGAAGGCUGAUAGCAAGCUCACAGUGAAGAAAACUGCGGCUAAGGGAAAGGCUGCCAAGGAUCCGAACAAGCCUAAGAGACCUGCUAGCGCGUUUUUCGUCUUCAUGGAGGACUUCAGGAAGCAGUACAAGGAGGAGCAUCCCGACAAUAAGUCUGUUGCUGCAGUUGGGAAAGCAGGUGGAACAAAAUGGAAAUCGAUGUCUGAAUCUGAGAAGGCGCCUUUCGUUGCCAAAGCUGACAAACGAAAGAAGGAAUACGAGAAAAACAUCGAUGUUUACAACAAAAAACUGGCUGGUGGUGCUAAUGAUGAGGAUGAUGAUUCUGAUAAGUCAAAGUCUGAAGUAAAUAACGAGGAAGACGAGGAAGGAAGUGAUGAGGAUGAAGAUGAUGAUUGAAGUGGGUUUUAUAUGAUGUAGAAUCAUUAGUUAAAUCUGUUUUGUAGGUUCUUGAUGAUAAUAUUAGCAUAAUGUAGAUCUUCUUUAGCUAUGGAUAAUUUUGGCUUGGUUGUUAUGGUCAUAAAAUAGUAUUGAUUAGAUGUUAGCUUUCAUGGUGCACAGAGAGAUCUGAAUAGUUUCUUUGGCUUUUGUGUAUGCAGUUUAUUUGUUAGUUUUUAAUGAAUGCAUCAUGUUUUAAGAAAUAUCGUGUCUCCAAUUUCUGUCUAACA